AUGAGUUCUACCAUCAACGACAGCAUUCUCGCAGUACCUACGUCUAUUGGAAGAUCUGAAUCAACAAUCGAUGAUCCAACAUUUUCUGCAAUAUAUAACUACAUUCGUGACUUACCAGAUUUUUCACCUACGGCAACAUCAUCGUGCAAUGUUGCCGACGAUGUCGAACAGAAUACUAUGGAUAACUACUCUAAUCAAUCAUCUUAUCUUGAGCAACAUUCGAGAGAUGUACAACCGGUGAUUAAUUUUCAAGCUAUAAUUGAAAACCAAACUUCGACGGAAGAACAAAUUGCAGAUCAAACGACUUCGCCAUUACAACACGAUAGCCUACUAUCUGAAAAACUUCAAAUAAAAACUCAGCCUCGUGCACUAUUUCGUCCACGAACUGAAAAAGAAAGCAAAGAUUCAUCGCAUUUCCUACGUUGUGAACAUGGUGUUAAACCUGAAUAUCCAACUAUUUAUAUCCCUCAAAAACUGACUACACGAAAUGAUAUUAUUCAAGUAACUCUUGUAGAUAUCUAUGGACAACCGCAUCCAUAUACUAUUGAUACUAAAGAACCUACAGCAUCGUCAUUAGUUUUCAAAUGGAACAAUGAACCUCAUUCAUUGUAUUUUCAUUUAACGGAAAAAGAUUACGAGAAAGGUGAAAAAAGCUUUUUGAUUGAAUAUAUCAAAAGCAAACAAGAAGGUGAAAUAACAAAAGAUUUAAUAAACGAACGACAACUUCACCAGUCGAUGCUUCGUUAUACUCGUUUUUAUUUAAAUGCAGAUGACCACUAUCAAUCAGAUGACGCUAGCACUGUAUAUUCAUCGACAAUGACCGAACAUUAUGGUGAUUUCACAAUUGAAGACAUCUUUCCACUAUAUGGACCCAUGUGUGGAAACCAAAAAGUUUGCAUUGAAACGAAGGGUACCACUGGAAAGGAUUUCAAAAAUAAUUUUAGUAUUAUUAUAAGCUGUGCAGAAAUGCAAUUGUCGCAUCGCGUACAAAAUUGGAAUAAGAAUGGUAGUAAUUUAACAUUUCGUAUGCCACCAUUUCCUCCCACCGAUCAAAGUCGUGCUAAAGUUGACCUCAUGAUUCAAUAUAAACAGAAAAUUAUUUAUCAAACUGAUUAUAUAUAUACAAAGAAAUUAGAUGAAGAACUGAUUGAACAAAGUGGAUGUGAAUCAAAUAUACCGGCAACUGUUGAACCUUCAUCAUCAAAUAAUUGCAAUCAAAGGAUGAAUGUAUUUACUGCACAGCCUUCAGCUGUGGCAUCAUAUGGAAACCACAGUGCAAAGCGUCGCAAGCCAUAA